UCUGCUAAUAAAAGUGACCACAAAGAAAGAAUGCUCGAGAAAUAGGAAUUCGAUCUUGUUGCAAACUCACAAGGGAGAAAGUGUGUGAUUCUUAAAGUGCAAGAAUUCAAAUCAAGAGUAGAGGGUUUAUCUUAAGCAAUACUCAACGCCUGCUAUAGAGGAUCCGUGUUAGUGAUUAGUGAUUUGUUUCAAUACCUUACUCGGGUGAUUAGCAGCUGUAUCAAUUUCAAGUUCACAGUUUCUGAUCGAGCAACAGAUAAAUUUGACAAAUUGCCGAAACGAAGUCUACAUCUGCGUUAAGCCAGCUCCGAUGGCGGAAAGCAGUGGGAAGUAUGAAGACGCAAAAACUUUUGCUGAGAUGUUACGGAAUACGUCGUCGAAUAUAAGGAGGUUAGCUGAUGAGAUACAGCAGUGUGAGGGGCGGCAGAAGUAUCUUGCACAGACUGGAAGCCCGUCGGAUGGGGGUGAUGUUAGAUGGUACUUUUCAAAGGUGCCAAUGGCGGAAACUGAGCUAGCUGCUGCUGUCCCAAUUACGGAAGUAGUAGGGAAAGGUGAUUAUUUUCGAUUUGGUAUGAGGGAUUCUCUUGCAAUAGAGGCAUCGUUCUUGCAGAGAGAAGAGGAGUUGCUCUCUAAUUGGUGGAAAGAGUAUGGUGAAUGUAGUGUAGGUCCAAAAGGGUCACUUUCAUCCAUUCCCGAAUCAGAUCCACAAUCAUACGAUUUACCUUCCAGUCAAUCAAGCAAACUAUACACAGAUGAAGAAGAGAGAGUUGGUGUCCCUGUGAAAGGAGGCUUGUAUGAGGUAGACUUAUUAAGAAGACAUAGUUUUCCUGUUUAUUGGAAUGGAGACAAUCGGCGUGUUCUAAGAGGCCAUUGGUUUGCUCGUAAAGGGAGUCUUGAUUGGCUUCCACUUCGUGAAGAUGUUGCUGAACAGUUGGAGUUUGCUUAUCGUGGCAAGGUUUGGCACCGAAGAACAUUUCAACCAUCUGGAUUAUUUGCAGCCCGGGUUGAUAUGCAAGGGUCCACCCCAGGGCUGCAUGCUCUUUUUACUGGAGAGGAUGAUACAUGGGAGGCUUGGCUAUAUAUUGGCUUAUCUGGAUUUGGUAGCAUGGUUAGUUUUGGAGUGACUGGACUUAAGUUAAGGCGUGGGUAUGCUCGAUCACAAUCAGCAAAGCCAACCCAGGAUGAGUUACGCCAGAAGAAAGAGGAAGAAAUGGAUGAUUACUGCUCACAGGUCCCAGUUCGUCAUUUGGUAUUCAUGGUUCAUGGCAUUGGUCAAAGUUUACAGAAAGCAAAUUUGGUUGAUGAUGUUGGCACUUAUCGCCAAGUUACAGAAAGUCUUGCUGAUUUACACCUAACAAAUUAUCAACGUGAAUCCCAAAGAGUUCUUUUUAUUCCAUGUCAGUGGAGGAAAGACUUAAAGCUGAGUGGUGAAUCUGCUGUAGAAAGAUGUACAUUACCUGGUGUACGUGGAUUAAGGGUGACAUUGAGUGCAACUGUUCAUGAUGUGUUGUAUUACAUGAGUCCAAUCUAUUGCCAAGAUAUCAUUGACUCGGUUUCCAACCAAUUAAACAGGUUGUAUCUGAAGUUUCUUAAGAGGAAUCCUGGUUAUGAUGGAAAGGUUUCUUUAUAUGGUCAUUCAUUAGGAAGUGUUCUCUCUUAUGACAUACUUUGUCACCAAGAGAAACUUUCAUCUCCGUUUCCAAUGGAAUGGCUGUAUAAUGACCAUAAUACCCAUGAAAUUUCUCCCGAGGGAAAUUCAUCUUUGAGUUCAGGGGGGGAGGAUUUAACCACAAACAACGAGGGUGUUUUGGUAAUUCCUCCUGCAAGUGUUGACACAGAAGCUAUGCUCCCUGAAACACAUGCUCAAGAGUCUGAGAAGAAUGAUGAUUUGGAUGAAUCCAGAAAUGACGAGGGUGUUUUGGUAAUUCCUCCAAGUGCUGACACAGAAGCUAUACUCCCUGAAACACAUGCUCAAGAGUCUGAGAAAAAUGAUGAUUUGGAUGAAUCCACAGGCAGCAAUAGUGAAACCAUAACAAAUCAAAUUGAUGAGGAAGUUAACAAAAAUGAUGAAGAUGUAGUAAUCAGAUCAUUGAAGGAAGAGAUUGAUAUUUUGAAUGCCAGAAUUAAAGAAUUAGAAUCACACAGAGUCGAAGAAAAUAAGCAGGAAGCUUCAAUUAUGACAAAUGAAAGUGGCUCCAAGAGUUCUACAUCUUUAAAAAAUGAAACAAUGAAGAGUUAUAGACCUUAUAUAAAGUACACCAAAUUGCUGUUUAAGGUUGAUACAUUCUUUGCAGUGGGGUCUCCUCUUGGUGUAUUUCUUGCCUUGCGAAAUAUACGUAUUGGAGUUGGUAGAGGAAAAGAUUACUGGGAAGAUGAAACUAUAAAUGAAGAGAUGCCAUCUUGUCGCCAGAUGUUCAACAUUUUUCAUCCUUAUGAUCCAGUGGCAUACAGAAUAGAACCACUUGUAUGUAAAGAGCAUAUUGACAGGCAUCCAGUGAUUAUUCCUUAUCACAGAGGUGGAAAAAGGCUGCAUGUUGGCUACCAGGAAUUUGUAGAACAAGUUGCAUUACGCUCUCAGGCUGUGGCUGACAACAUUAGCCACUUAAGGGUUAAAGUACUGACAGCAUGUCAAUCAAGGGACAGUGAUGGGCAAGAAGAAACAUCAGAGGAAGCUGAAGAAAGAGGGAGACCAUAUGGUGCGAUAAUGAUGGAGAGGAUAACAGGGAGUGAAGAUGGGCGAAUUGAUCAUGUACUUCAAAAUAAAACAUUUGAGCAUCAAUACAUAUCAGCUGUAGGGGCUCAUACAAAAUACUGGAGGGACCCGGAUACUGCACUGUUCAUAUUGAACCACUUGUAUCGCAAUAUACCAAAAGAAGCAAGUAAAAAAAACACAAACAACACUAGAAUUACAAAUCAAGAAAGUGAUGAAAAAUGGGAAGAGGUGUCUGAUGAUGAACAGCUUUCUUUAACUUUUGCCGAUGAGAAGUUGAUUAGGCAGUUCUCGGAUAAAGCCAAAAAGUUCACAGAAAAUUGAAUCAUGCUGCCGACUUUCCCUCUUGAUCUGUAUAUAAUGUGAAGGAACUUUCAAAUUUUGCUGAAGAUAAAAAAACACAGAAAUACAAGAGCAUAUGUAGAAUUCUGACAGAUGCCUAAUAAAACAAAUACAGAAAAAAAAAUGUUAGAUUGGUAGGGUUGCCAAGAAAAAAAAUCAUUUGGAAAUGGAAAAAUGAAAUGUUGUAUUUUGUGCUUGAAAAGUUGUAUGAUAGGUAGGGGUGAUGGGGUUGAGAGACUAGAGACCUAUAAGGAUUGUAUGUACUUGGAUAAAUGGUUUGUAUUUUGUUGUGUUAGUUAAAUGGUUUCCAAAAAGUUAGUUGAGAAAAUGAAUAUGGUAAAAUUUGA